AUGGAGGUUCCGUUCCAACAAAAGAGAAAAUUGACGCUUUCUGCGUCCUAUGAACCUGCCAAAAGACUUCCAGCGCAUCACCACCAGCAGUCAUGGGAACAGGAAUACUUCGCCGACACAGAGGCCAUUGUCGGGGUGGACAGAAGAUGGACAUCUAAUCUGGAGCAAACAUCGCUACGAUUCCCUACCACUGGGCUGCGCUUUAUUCGAGCUCUCCAUCUGCCUCCGCCUGAGGUGCCCGCUCAAGUAUGGCUUGCUGAAGGGCCCCUCGGUCAAUAUGCCGUCAAAUUGUUCCGACCUUUUACGGAUGACGAAGCAAGAAGUCUGUUGGCACGGCUUCAUUACCCACAGCCAAGCCUCCAGCAAGUCAAGAAUGACUACAGCCCAUUCAUCCAGGAGGCGAAAGCUUACGAGCAGAUACGCCGAUUUUGCCCAGAAUCACAGCGACAUUUGUUCCCGGGCUAUCAUGGUAUCAUCGACAUACCUUGGGGAUCUGGUCGGACUCGCCGUCAAGGGGUUGUGAUGGACCUUCUCCAGCCUGGAAUUGAAAACCGCCGGCUGCAAUCUGCAAGUGUCCCUGAAGAUUUCCGACCACAUCUCACAAUACUGCAACUUGCACUCGCCGACAUGGACUUGUCGGAUGUUGAAGCAAGUUGGUAUCUCAGCGUGUUGAAGGGUCGGCUGAGAAUGGUGACGGCGUUACAUGCGCUUGGUAUCUCUCACGACGACAUCAAAAAUGAUUGCUUUGGACUCCCAGACUGUCUACACGACAUUGCUUUGUACGACUUUAGCUGGUCCUACACUUUCACGCCGGAGCGCCCCUGCCGACUUCUACUACGGACGUUGAGGGUGGCAGUGGAUGUUCAGCGCAAACAUGUUCGGGAGACGGUUUUAGAUCUGGCACAAUCCGCUCGGUUAUUAAAUCACUUCGCGACGCUCUUGAACACUACGGCAGAAAAGGCACGCGACGUGCUACGUGCACGUAUCCCUCGUCAGCUGCUUACAACGGAACUUUCCCUUAUCAGGCUUUCUGUCAUCCUCGAAGAAAAUAAUGCUCCACUCUUUCCUUCGCUCUCCUCGGUCCUACCGUUCCUAGAGCCUGCAGCGUCGGGAAGAACGGCGGAGUGGACUGUGACUGUGGCAAAGCAUCUUGACGACUUUGUGUGUGUGUCCUUCUCUGAGGUAAACGACUGCGCCGUCCCAUCACAGAGCGUCAUACUGGCGUCCCUUGUGUCUUCAAAUGGUGUUGUUAUUGAGCAACUCGGCUUGCUUUGUCCCAACGGCAGCCUGCCUGGCAAAACCACCGUCGCGUUAGUACCUAGUAUCUGGCUCGGAACUCUGGAUACCAGACGGCUUUGCUGGAGCCUCCUCUAUUCGCCUUCAUUCUAUGGAACUCCGAAGACGGUGACCGUUCUGGAUCGGCAACAGCUCGAUGCUGAGAUGAAUCAGGUACAUUGA